AUGGUGAAGCUAUUACAUUCAAUUCAGGCCCACACUGACAAAGCAUGGGACGUGAGUGCUCACCCCACGCUUCCGCUUCUAGCAACCGCGUCCACCGACAAAACCACCAAGAUCUACAAACUCUCAUCGCAGCAGAAAUUUCCCUGUAUCGCGGAUUUAGAAGAUACGCAUCGCCGGUCAGUGCGGUCGGUCAGCUUCAAGGCGCCCAUGGGCGGCGUCGACUUUAAGCUGGAUAUCUUGGACCUCCCCGUGCUCGCUAGUGGGUCAUUCGACUCGACGAUAUCCGUUUGGGGCAUCGAUGAGCCCGAGGAUGGCGACGAUUACGAUGUAGAGGAAGUGAUGAACAACCAAGCUGAAUUACUCACGAACCCAGCUAAUGAAUGGAAUCUCAUGGCGAUUAUCGAGGGGCAGGAGAAUGAAAUCAAGGCUGUUGAUUGGAAUUUCAGCGGGCGGUACCUUGCUUCGUGUUCUAGAGAUAAGACGGUGUGGAUCUGGGAGACCGAUCCCGAGACGCUCGAGGAGUUUGAAUGCGUUUCAGUGUUGAACGACCAUCUGCAAGACGUCAAGAAUGUGAGCUGGCAUCCUUCGAUUAAUCUCUUGGCGAGCUCAUCGUAUGAUGACACCGUGCGUUUGUAUAGGCAGGACUUUGAUGAAGAGUGGUCCUGUGUCGGGGUGUUGGAUGCACAUGGGGGAACUGUAUGGUGUGCCAAGUUUGAAAGUUUCAAGAGUCCCCAUGCGCAACGGGGCAGAUUGAGGUUGGUUUCUGUGAGUGACGAUUUAACUGCCCGCGUUUGGUUCGGCCAAGAUGAAACGGCGUCGCAACCAGAAUCGGAGUCGCAGCCAUUGCCUAGUUCGAUUAAGCAUACAAGUGAGAUGUUGUGGGAACAAGAGUGCAUCCUCCCGCCCGCUCACACGCAUGCGAUUUACUCAGUGGCGUGGUCGGAAACCAGUGGGAAAAUCGCUACAACGGGCUCCGAUGGCAAAAUCGUGGUUUACAAGGAACUCGAAGAGAAAUGGGAGAUUGAGAGUAUUCAAGAGCUCGCGCAUGGGGUACAUGAGAUCAACAGUAUAAUAUGGGCCAAGAUUGAUAACGACAAAGAGGUGCUAAUAUCCGCUGGCGACGAUGGCAAGGUUAACAUCUGGGAAACGAAGGACGAUUAA